GGCUGGUUGAGGCUCAGCAGAAGGUUUUUCCUCAGCGAGGAGGAGACAGCAGCAAAGCUGGAGAUACUGGCUGCCUGAAUGACACUGGGAUUAUCCACUUUAUUCGCAUGAUCCAUAUCACUCAUAUUAUCCAUCUCCGGGCGAGACGCAGGAGUGGGAUCUUUUCAUAGAGAUUAUUAUUUUUCUGUCUGCAUCUCCAGGACAUCAUUCAGUAGAACAUCAGUCGAUGUUCUAGAACGUUGGCUUUUUGUACUUUAAUUGUUACGUGUGCUUUUGUUCUCUUAUUGGUUGAUUCUGGAUUGUGACCUGCUCAGCUCAUUCUAAACCACUGAUCUGCUCGAAAGGAACCUUUGGACGAAAGAGCAAAACAAAAAAAGCUUCAGUGAGUGAAGAAGCACCGCGGAGUUACAAGUUGAGUCUCGGAGGAGAAAGAGAGAGAGGAAAGGAAGGAAAACAGAAAGAGAGCAGCAGUGUGGAGCGGUGAGGAUGGGACUUGGCGCGGGAAAGAAACACGCUCCGUCUUAAACAGUCACCCAUCUGUCCUCAGGGUUUCAGUUCGAGCCUGCUUUCUCACAUUCAUCUCUGGGGAGGAAAACAAAAAAGGGGAAAAAAGAGAAGAGCCCAGUACAGAAGAGGAGGAAAGAGGAAUGAGAGCGAAGACGAAUCGUGGAGACGAGUAGAGCAUAAUAAAAAUCAAAUCUGAACAAAAAUAAGACGUCUAACUGACAAAAAAAAACGCCUUCACGGAUCUCUAGUGCUGGAGUUUCUUAGCACGCGCAGAAAAGAGGAAAGCGCACGUUUAAACACUAGACUUUGUGGUCAAAGCUGUUUUUUAAGGCUUCACAUCUUCAAGCGGAAAGUGAAAGCCUGGUCUGUGUGCGUUAAACUGCGGUGUGAUCUCCAUGCGGGCUCCUCACACUCGCUGUCCAUUCACACACUGACGGGCUGCAGCUUCAGCCAGCAGCGGCUCACUGGGGGCAAAACUAGCCGAGCUAUGAUGGGUUCAAACGUGGACAUGGCGAGAAGGAGCUGGGGCAUGCUGCUCAUGUUCCUGCUGGAUUUAGUCGGAGUGGCGGCGACCAACAUGGAACCCAUCUACUGGAAUUCACUCAACAAAAGGUUUAGUGAUGAUAGGGGCUAUGUCCUGUACCCCCAGAUUGGGGAUCGUCUGGACCUCAUCUGUCCGGCCUCGGACCCUCCUGGACCCCGAGCUCCACCAGAGUACGAGUACUACAAGCUCUACCUGGUGUCCUCACGGGAACAGGCAGACAGGUGUGAGGUGACCGGCACUCCCAACCUGCUCCUGACCUGCGAUAAACCCACCAGUGACAUGCGCUUCACCAUCAAGUUCCAGGAGUAUUCGCCCAAUCUCUGGGGACACGAGUUCAAAACCAUGCAGGACUACUACAUUAUCGCUACGUCGGAUGGCACACGGCAGGGUCUGGAAAGCAUGAGAGGAGGAGUGUGUGCCACACAGGGCAUGAAGGUGGUGCUCAAAGUGGGACAAAAUCCCUACGGAUUGCCUCCGAAGUCUGCCAAGCCUGACCAGACGGGCCGUACCAACACCAGAAACCCAGGUGCCUCUGGAAACACUACAUUUCCCAGAGUUCCCGGCACAGGCGGAGCUCCAGCAGACAGAGAGAACGGCCCCCUCCCGGCCUCCAACAUCGCGGUGAUCGCUGGCGCGGCUGGAGGCUCCGCCUUCCUCCUGCUGGUCACCGCCGUCAUCUGCGUGGUGUGUUACCGGCGGAGACACUCCAAACACUCCGAGUCCCACCACCCUCCGCUCUCUCUCUCCUCUCUCACUUCACCCAAGCGGGGUGGCGGCGGGGGCGGUGGCGGGAACAACAACGGCUCGGAGCCCAGCGACAUCAUCAUCCCGCUGCGGACUUCCGACUCGGCCUACUGCCCACACUAUGAGAAGGUGAGCGGAGACUACGGUCAUCCUGUCUACAUCGUCCAGGAGAUGCCCCCCCAGAGCCCCGCCAACAUCUACUACAAAGUAUGAGGACGUGGGACGCCUUGACUGCCAGCCUACAAUUUAAAAAACCUACACCAUGCCAAUCUCGCCUCCUACCUAAACCAUAACAGUAUGAACCGAUUUCCCCCCCUCUUCUGCAGUCCAGCUGCGGCUGGGCUGCUCUCAAGCCUUUUGACCGUGCACAUAUACACAUAUACACACACACACUCAUAUAUGCGCCUAGACACGCUCGCCCUAAAUCACUGACUUCUGUGAUAAAUGAGGCGUGCGCAUUGAAAGGACUUCAUUUGAAAGCUUCUCGCUCCCUCAGCUAUCGGAGCGAAUAUAAAGCUUUCCUAAAGUUGAUCUCGGAGCGGUAAAAUGGAAAAAGGCUCUGCCGCCCGAGGAGCCUCUUAGAAAUGUUGCCAGAACAUGAACUCUGAAACAAAAGGACUGAAAGUGAACUCUCAACCACUCUGAUGUUACGUGAACUUGCGCUACAAUAACUCAAAGCUAGCAGUUUAGUUUGUUCGUUUGUGUUUGUUACUCCUCUGAUAAAGGGGCGGUCCCAGGGCUGAGCCGGUCGAAGCGCAGCGCUGACCUAACAUGACCACGGGCCCUGCGUUUGAUUGGAGGAGUCGUAGCGG